AGAAUUUGAAUUCUUUACUCAAUAUGUGGUGUACAUUUUUUCGCCGCAUGAACUUCGAUCAUUUUUAACGGAAAAACCGGGCACUUAGAUUCCCUCGGCUUACUCACUUCUGUCUUCGCUUAUUUGCAUCUGCUUAUUUAAUAUGCAGAUUUUCCGUGAGAAGGAUAACUGUAAGUAUGCAUAGGUAUGUGAGCACAAUCUACGUAUAGAAUCUCAUAAACCGAACACAGUAUUAAAAUUGAUAAACGGUGCACACACGCCUCGAUUACGUGUCUAAGUAUUAUACUUGUAUAUUUUCGAACGCAAAGGUGCCUGCAAUACACGUGAUCGUCGCAUGCGGGUUUUCCAUGGCAACGAGUUGUUGUUGUUGCUGUCGUCGUGGUGUUGUUAUUAUUAUUGUUACUAAUCUCACUGCUAUUGUUAGGCAAUAUUUAUCUUUAUUUCAUGCAUACUUUACACAUACCUAUACUCUUAUAAAUACAGCUAUUAUUAUUGUCAUCACCGAUCGAUAGGGUAAUAAUGGUUCUCGCAAAGUAAUGACAAGUCAUCCAACGGCAAUGGAAAAUUUGAACAACCCGACUAGAUGCUAUAACCGUGCGGAGCCAAAGAUCGAAAGUCGGGACGACGCGACAGUUCAAAGACCCUGGUUAAUUCGAGGAAACUUUUCAAAUACCUCAGUAUAAUGUACUAUUGUGUACAUAACUGACAGGAAAACAAUGGAGAGGAGUGAAAAAUGAAUAAGCGGAAAAGAAAAAAAAAAAAAUAUUCGCAAAAGCCAUUGCUAUAAUUCUGCGAACGGAAGAAGCGGUGGCUAUAUACACAUUUAUAUAACCUAAUUUGCUGAAAUCAAUUAUUAAAUUAUGAGAACAUCUCGCUGACACGUGUAAAUGUUGUUUAUGCGUGAAAUACAAUGCGCGUACAUUAUAAACUAUAUACCUAUAUAUGAAAAUAAGGAAACGGAGAUGACGCAACAUAUAAAAAAGUUUAAUUAAUGUUGUGAAAAAAAAAAGAAAAGUGAAUGUUCAGAUACUGGGUACAGUCGACAAUUGCAUCGAGCGAAAGAUUUUCCAAACCGAAGUUAUUACAAGGUUAUUAACGCAUUGUACUAUAAAGGUAUACUAUGAGCACGGACGUGACAAUUACACGUAUACACUCAGGAAAUAAAGUAACAUAUAUAUAUAUACCAUAAAAUCGAGACUCUAGACACGCGACGCUUACAGGCCGACGAACGGAGGCGAGGCAAGGGUUGGAUGGUCAAUAAACGUUGCCGCCCACGAGGUAGAAGCUCUAGCAGCAGAUUGGAUGCCUGUGUGUACAGUGACGCUGGUCCCGCGAAAUGAUGCACAAAUUCAUAAGAUUGAAGUUAGUACGUAACGUUAGACCAACGGAUAAUCGCAACAAACAUCAUUAUUUUGCAACUAGAGAAUAAUUUGGAAGGAGUUGAGUUUGCAAAAUAUUAGUGUUACGAUUUAUUGAAUAUCAGACGAUUCUAGAUAGUUGCAAAAUGCCUAGUUUUUAUAGAAAACUAUGUAUCGUUAUAAUUUAUAGACUCCGAACUUUGUACGAAUUUCGGUUGGGCACGAGCUUGAUUUCACUAGUUGACAAGAAUAUAAGAUAAUUAAACUAUUACCAAUGUAUAAUAUUUGUCCUGAAUGAUCACAUACCGUGAUUAGACGUCCGUCAUGUAAUUUUCGUUUAUAUAUAUCUUCGCCGUUAAUUUCUGCGCGCGCGUCAACCUCAAUCCCCACCCCUUGAGUAAAUGUUCCCGGGGGUUCCCAGAGCGGAUAUUUGCCAGUUUGCUACCCUGCACUAUCCACGGUCAACUUUCAAACGGUUUUCUGAGUGGUGCCUCGCGGUGUACGGCGAUGGGCUGCGGGUUUAGUCGCCGCGUGGUACCAAACAGUAGCGGCGACCCGGGUGCAGGAGGCGAGAUCGCCGGCUCCUUCGUCGGCGACGAAGUAGCGACGGCAGGGGCAAAUGCAGCCAAUGCGGUCAUAGGGGGGGCGACGAAAGAUUCGUCCCUGAGUUUCGUAGUGCCGAUCCGGGAUACGGAGGGGUCAAAAGAGGGCAGUAUAAUACGCCGGCAUCCGCCGGUGCGGCUGCGACGCCUCGAGGAAGAGCAGCAGCUCCACCGUCCGAAGCUGACCCUCGGAGCCCUGGAACGCCGGCAGGCCGAGGCCGAGGAAAGGCGUCGAAAGAUAUUGGACUCCAGGGUCCAGUCUGCGCAGCACUUUCAGCGCAAGGUGCUGCAAGGAACGGUGACAGUUACGGCGUCUACGUCUCCGUCUGAUGACUUGGAUCGGGACCGGGAUCGGGACCAGGAGAAGGUAGUCCAAGUCAUAGGAGAACGCAAGGAGGCGGAAAACGCGGAGGGCGAACACCAGGAAGAAUUGAAUCGACCUACGGUACCUGCAGGAGCUGAUUCUUCGUCGUCUUGACAACGGGCCGAUUCGUAGUGCUGUCUCGUUUAUACGUUGUCGAUAUACCUAUCUUUAUACAUUACGUGUAUAUACAUAUCAGCGUCCGUGGAAGGGUAAUAAAGUUAUGUCCGGUCCUUGCUCGUGUGUGACGAAUACAUGUACAGAAUACACACCCGUUCGUAUAAAAUGACGAUCGGUUGAAUUUUUUUUUGUCGUGUAAACGAUUCCUCCUCAAUCUUUGUGUUUUUCUCGUUUAAGGUUAGGGUUGUAUGUUGUAUACAUAUAACGCAAGUAUGCAAAACACGUGUCAUCGAUUUCACGCACGGUCAGAAUUGACCUUUUGCUAAUGUUCCGCCGAUAUUGAAAGUUUUUUCAUCCUAAUAAGAAGAUCAGCUGUACGUAAUGUGAAAACACCGAAAUCGAUUUUAACCGUGCCCGACGAUGACACGUGUGUUAAACGCAAUUUCAACCCCUUUAAAUUUAUUCCUCCAGGCCAAUUACACAAUGUAGUGAUGUAUGUACAUAGGUAUGUACUUAUUAUAUUUGACUCUAAAAUUCAACUGCAGUUAAAAUUAUUUUCAGUUUCAGUUGCAUUGGCAUAUCACGUUAUGAUAGUCGUCUUAUCGUUCUCUUGCGAAUGAAGAGCGCAAAUUCUUAAUGAUGAGUAAUGUAUGUACAUACAUUAGCUGUAAACCACAUUAUCUGCAUGUAAACUAUAAGGGAAGCAUAACGUAAAAUCUCAUGUAAUUGGAGAUCAACAGUUGUUUCUAAACUUGUGAGUACCUUUUAUCCUGUAAAACUGAUUGUAAAACGUAAACUCUACGUAGAUGUGUCGGCCAUUUUGAUUUGGAUUGAGGUGAGAUUUGCAGCGGUUGGUAUGACGCUAAACUCCUUGUUUGUUUUCUCUCUCUGUCUGUCUAUCUGCGAUCAUUUAAAGGAUGACCCUUAUACAUUGUUAAAAUGGUGGUGUUAAAAUUGGCAAAAAUGAACGGUUGGCAUCACUGUGUAAAAUUUUUUUAUGCUCAAUUAGUAAAGUGAACAUCAGAUGCCGUUAGAUCCAUAAUAUCAGAUAGUGACGAAUCGCCACGAAAUUAUAUAAUCUAUGUAGAAGUCCUGCACACCAUAUUUUGCUUUUGCAGUGUACUCUUAUAACGAAUGAAAUUGGCACUGUGCUAUGAU